CCAUAUGGACCCCCGCUCCUGCGAGAUCAUCCUCUCCUUCUUCGUCUUCCUCCUCUUCCCGAUCUGCCUCGUCCAUUGGUGCUGAGAGUUUCAGGGAGCAGGAUGAACCAUCGCAAGCCGGAGCAUGAGCCCCUUGAGCAUUUCCAGACGCCGCUUGCAGAUUGCUUGUUGCAGCAUCAGUUCAAUGAGGAAAGGCAGUUGCGGUACGACAUUCAGCAGGUGAACGUGCCAGUGCCCGGGGUUGCUGAUCUGGCGGCGUACUCGUUACUUUGCGAUCGGCUGACGUAUGCGGAGGUGUACGUGGACGUGACGCAGUUGCCUGGGCGGGAGACGACUCGAGAGUUCAUCGAGUUCCGCGCGCUCCAGGUGGCACCCAACUUCGUGCAUAGCAUCGCCACCUUUAUCGGCGACUUGACGAUCCUGCCACCGCCGAGUCAGGAGCUGGCGCGAAGUUUUGUGCGCGAGUACGCGGUGCAGGCGGCCAGAUCGGUGGCCAGAGUGCAAGGACGAGGGGGACACCGAUUCACAGCCCACGAAACGAUGCUGCGCAGGGCAGAGGACGGACCGAUCGCGUUGGGCCCUUAUCCUAUGCGCAAGUUCUCGGAGUAUCUGGUGAAGCUAACUGACGUGGAACCGCUGCCCUUCGCAGACGAAGACGCGUGGGAGUUGCACCGUGCGCUGUACAAGUCGGUGGCGUUGGGGAUGUUCCGAUUCUUCGUGGAUCACGAAGACCACUACAUCGGGGAGCACUUCGUCGUCUACUACGUCAUCACACGGCCCAAGCCGGCGCAGAAGGAGGGGACGGUGGCGCUGUACCCAUUCGCCCAGCUCCAGACGAUUGAUCCGGGAUUAUUAGAGCUCAUACAUCUUGAGCUCCUCUCCAUUGCGCAAGUGAUCGCGAACGAGGAAGAGGAGAUCCAGCCACGAUUGCGGACGGCGACGGCUCCGCGGAGAACGUACAAUGCGGUCGUCAUCCCGGAUUACAUUGUGCAGCGCGCGGAGAGGUUGGAGGACUUCCCGGAGGAAAAGCCGUUGCAGCCUCCCUCGUCGUAUCCCCGACCGGCGCCACCCAAAGCCCCCAAGAAGACGCGGAAGAGGAAGAGACGCCACCCGUCGCCAGGAGCGCAAGGCAGCAGAAUCAGUGGCGGCGAGGAGGUGAUUCAGCCCGCGCGUACGCGGAAUCUUGACCCCGCGCCUGGGAUUGCGGUGACGCUCAUUAAGGCGACUGUCGUGCCAUCGCCGCCCUUCCCGCGCGUGCCCGAUCUCAAUCUUGAUGGAGCCGGGCCAUCAGCAGCAGCAGCAGCCGGGGGAGGAAGCCGAAUGGGAGUACCGGAUCCCAUAUCCAGACCCCCCGUCCUCGCGGGACCUCUCCGCUCACGCCAGCCAGCCCGGGGUGCCUCGAUCAUUCACAUUAGCAGUUCCUCCCAGCCGGACAGUCCAUCUGACAGAGGUGGAUUUCAUGCUGGAGCCCACCACCAUCAGGCUCGAGGCCAUCGCGGGGGCACCGCGCCCUGAUCCGGCGUGGGAGCCAUAUCUUACACCCCCUUUUCAAGGGUGUAUUGCGGCGCGACUGGUUGGGACGCUCAUCUACGAGAC